UUGAGAUUUGAAUACCCAGUACCAAGCUGACCAGCCUGAAGAAUGCUGCUGUUCCUGACCCUUGUUUGUCUAGCCGUAGCGGAGCCUGAACCAUCAGCACUUUAUAGAAACUAUAUUCAACAUCGUAGUACAUUCUCCAGGCUUCCGGUUCCCCGUAUUGGAGGUUUGGGGCGCGUGAGCAGCUUGGCGCGGGAACAGGGAGCGCUCAUUACAGAACAAUUUUUUGCUCUUCAGGAUAACAAAUGCCUGGCGCGUGGUCUAUGCCAAUUUGGAGCUAUGAGUGAAAAGGGUAUUUUGGAUACUAUUAAAGAAUACGAAAUUCCAAAUCUUACUCUAGAUGAUCUUUGGAGCCUGGUCAAUGAAACAAUUCACAGUGUUUCCAACUACGUCCAAGGAGGAGAUGAUGAAGAUAAGCGACAGCUGCCAACAGUUGACAGACUGCUGGGUGCUGUCAAGGUGGGAAAACUGCUGGGUUAUGACAGCUGUAAGAGUCUGUUUGACUGUUCCGAAGAUCUGUUCAGAAACCAACAAGGAAGAAUAACUUGUCAGGGAGCCGGUGUAAUCUGUCCCGGUUUAUCUAUCAGUUGUGCUAUGUGUGGACUGUACGCUCCUGCCACUUGUGGUGCCGCCUGUACUGCUGCCGGACUGUACUGCGGAUUUGGCGGGUACGCAUGCGCAGAUGCCGCAGCAGCAGCUGCAGCUGAAGCCGCAGCGGGACCUGCAGUAUUUAAAUAAAAAGCUCGGAGCUCCACCAUUUUGAACAAUUUUAAGAUUUAAAAAAUGUUUGAAUUGUUUUCAUCAAAGAAAAGAAAUCUUUGGAAAAAUUUAUCAUAAAAAUAUUAUCUUUGAACUACAUAUUUCAAUAUUAAUAUAUCAUCCAAUAUUGAA